AUGCCAGCUGAGGGGGACUUGGAUAUACCUUAUUCUCUCAAGGCAGCAGAAGAAACACCACUUGAUCAGGCCCUGAAGUCAAACGCAGGCAAACCAUCAGGGCAGAUAAUGUUCCUGCUGCUGAAAGGGAAGCAAAUGAGGCCGCAGGGGCACAAGUUUGAUUCCAAGCAAGCUAAGAACCAAUUGCAUUUAACAUUCUUUUCCUAUUGUGAUGAAUUGGAAGAAGUGCUAAAAAUUGUUAAACCGCAACACUUUUUACCUAUCCAUGGAGAACUUGUAUUCCUUAAAGAGCAUGAGCUGCUGGGAAUAUCAUCUGACAUUCAUCAUACUGCACAAAGCUGA